UGCUGCUUGGAGAGAGGGUGGGUGGGUGGCAGGCUCCUGCUGUGGUGGUAAUGAUGGCAUAGCACCUCCUUUCUGUGGGUAGCUAGAGAAAGUGGCAGUGGACGUAAUUUACUGUGACUUUAUGAAGGCCUUCGAUAAAGUGCCACACAGGAGACUUCUAGAAAAAAUAAGAAGCUACAACAUCGGAGAAAAGUGUUUGCAGUGGAUUGGUGCUUCAGAUAUUAGACGAGAAAGUGGCAGUGGACGUAAUUUACUGUGACUUGAUGAAGGCCUUUGAUAAAGUGCCACACAGGAGACUUCUAGAAAAAAUAAGAAGCUACAACAUCAGAGAAAAGUGUUUGCAGUGGAUUGGUGCUUUUGUGGAGUUCAGAAAACAACGUGUAGUAGUGAAUGGCCAAAAAUCAGAAUGGCAUGAUGCGAAAAGUGGUGUCCUUCAGGGGUCUGUGGUGGGACCUUAUUGUUCAUCCUUUACAUCAAUGAUCUCCCCGAAAUAUUAAAGAAUGGAAGUGAAAUAUACCUGUAUGCAGAUGACACCAAAAUCUACAGACAAAUUAAAACCCAGGAUGACAUGAAGCUUCUUCAAGAGGACAUAGACUGUAUGAGGGAAUGGUCGGAAAAAUGGCUAUUAGUAUUUCAUCCAAAAAAGUGUAAAUCCAUGCGUAUUGGAAAUUGUAAUGUAAGAAAUAAUGGAUAUAGCAUGAAUGAAAAGAUAACAGAAACAAGCUCUGAAAAGGAUAUAGGGGUAAUAAUCGACAGCAAGUUACAGUUCUCAAACCAUCUCAUAGAAAAGGUGUUGAUCAUAUUCUCAAGAGAAGUAGCAUUCCAGUAGCGUUCUGAGGCAGGCUGGGAGAUCAAGGCAGGAUGGCAUCAGAUGGGCCCGUUUGGGAGAGUAAGGCCUACCAGAAAAAGCUGCUGAUUCCAGGCACUAACAAAAGAAAAUUUUUUGGAAUCCUAGAGAAACCUAACGUCCCACCUUCUGUGCCAAAUGUCACUUACAAGAUAUUCCUUUGUGGGAAGACGGCUUCAGGCAAGACUUGGACUAUGAACCGCCUGACAGGACAAGAGGUACCAAGUCAGCAUGUGGAGACAGUUGGUGUGCAGUGCAGUAGUGUCUUUUGGCCAAUGAAAAUUGGCAGCAGACUCAUUCUCUUUCGCCUGGAGCUUUGGGAUGCAGGAGAAGCCAGCACCCGCCAGUACAGCCAUGUGCUACCUGCGUGUCGUGAAGCUGUGGAUGCUAUGCUGGUGUGUUGUUCUGCCAGUGAUCGCGAAGGGUGGAUAGACUUGCCGAGGGCUGUAGCAGAGGCCACACAGCCAGCAGACAGGGCAGCAGUGGCAGUGGUUCUCACAAGGUGGGACCAGUUUUCAAAGCGUGAGAUGACAGAGGCAGAGGUGGAGGCAUUUGAGUCGUCCAGAGGAGUGCCAGUCCUGAGACUCGGCGGCACUCCUACUGAUCCAGCCCAGGAGAUGACACACAUUGCCCCAACGCUCAACUUUUUGUGUCGUCGGCUGUGGCAGCGAGACCAGGAACUCCUUUCCAUCAAGUAAUGAGGCAGAGAGAGAGAGAGAAUAUAUAUAUAUAUAUAUAUAUAUAUAUAUAUAUAUAUAUAUAUAUAUAUAUAUAUAUAUAUAUAUAUAUAUAUAUAUAUAUAUAUAUACACAGUCGUCCUUCAAAUAGUACGGUUUCCAAUAGUACGGUUUCAGUUUUAUGCGGAUUGGCAUGUAAGAAUUUUUUUAGGAUUUUUAAAUUUCCUGCUCGUCGCACCAAGUAGCCAUGGCAUGAGUGGCAACACUGUUCUAUCAAAACACCUGCUGAAUUAUUUUACAUUUUUUUUAAUUUUCGCCGCUUAUAAUGGACUUUCGGCAUUAACAGACUAAGUUCCCCCCAAUUAGUCCAUUAUAUCGAGUGUUUACUGUAUGUAUAUAUA